AGUUCUGGAAAGCUCAUCGAUGUAAGAUUCCUGGACUUCCAACUUGUCAGAUUGGGAUCUCCAGUCUGCGACCUCUCUUACUGCUUGUACUCCGGUGGCACCAAGGAAACCUUCGACGACCUGGAUCAUUUGCUUCAGAUUUACCAUGACAGUCUUUCAGAAAACAUCAGGGCGUAUGGGUGUGAUCCAGACGAACUGUACCCUUUGAAAGCCUUAAAGGAUGAUUGGAAGGUAUACUUCCACUGGGGAGUUAGAUUUGGUUUCUCGGUUUGGAGAGGAAAGCUUGUUUACGAUGAUGAAGUCCUUGAUUUGACUGAUGUGGCAACGGAAGAUGGUGAAAACGUUCAAAAGUUCACGGACACUAAGUUUGACGAGAAAACUUUCAAGGAGAGGACCAGGGAUAUAAUUUUACAUUUAUAUGAAAAUAAUUUACUUUAAGGAGUUGUUUUACGUUAAAUAAAUCUGUCCUUGUUGACUUUCUGAUAA